AGUUAUGACGUAUAUUCUGUUAUGAUAGUUUGUUAGACACUGAUUUCUAUUAUUCAUAUAGAUUAUUCAUAUUAGUAAUUAAACCAGUGACGAUCUGCGCUUUGACCUAACCACCUGCAUUUUCAAGACAGCUUUAUUUACUAUCAGAAAUAUAGAAACAUAAAUAAAUAUGGUGACAUUUGAGAACUAUUUACGUGUAGUAAACCAAAAAAACUGGAAAGCAAGAUUAUCUUCGAUUAUUUUAGCGAUGUUCAUGCUCAUAUUUUAUUGUUUGAAGUCAUAUACUAGAAGUUCACACGAAUCUGAUAUUAAACAUGUCGGGCGUGUAUUAUUAUCAAGUAUCAAUAAAACAAACAGUCAAAGAGAAAAAUCGUUUUUUGAAGAGAUUUUUAUUUUUGAGGAACGCACUUUCACUAUAUUGUGUACUUCUGUUGUUGCUUUAUACUUAUUUUUAUUUUUGGGAGUAGUAUGCAAUCGUUAUUUGGUACCAUGCAUUCAUAUAAUUUCUCACAGGAUGAAGUUGAGUGAAGAUGUUGCAGGAGCGUCUGUAAUGGCUGCAGCAGUGGCAUGUCCUGAAUUAUUCGUCAAUAUACUAGCUACAUUCUUUACAGAGGGCGAUGUCGGAAUCGGAACUGUAGUUGGCACUGGCUUAUUUAAUGUACUAUUAGUUCCUGGACUUUGUAUACUUAUGGCUGAUCAAAAGGUCAUACACCUGGAAAACUGGCCCAUCACACGUGAUGUAUCGAUGUAUCUUUUAACUAUAUCAUUAUUAGUUUGGUCAUUGGCUGAUAACAAGGUUUAUGCUUACGAAGCGUUGAUAUUAAUUAUAGUUUACAUGGUGUACCUAUUAAUUCUCUCUUACAGCUCAUAUCUUGAAAAAAUAUUUAAAUAUAUAUCUCAACAAGAGAACAAAGUUUUCGAAGGGUGCAGUGAGAACCAACCGAUUCUUCCUCUAAAUGGAAUUGUAGCAAAUGGAUUUAUAGUGCAAGAGCAUAUUAUUUUGCCCAAAUGGAAAGACAGACUUCGUGAUCAACUAUUAAAUAUCAAAGAAAUACUAGUAUGGCCUAUAGUCUUAAUCUUAAAAGUGACUGUUCCGAGCUGCAAUAGUCAAGAUAGAGUUUUUUGGAUACCGAUUACCAUGUGUAUGUGUAUAUUUUGGAUUGGAUGUGGAUCAUUUAUCAUUGUAGAAUUGAUUACAAUUAUAGGAAAUGAAUUCUUAAUACCUGAUUCAGUUAUGGGCAUUACAUUAUUAGCAAUUGGCAUGAGUGUACCCGAAAUGGUGUCUAGUAUAGCAGUAGCAAGACAAGGACAAGGAACUAUGGCUUUAUGUACCGCACUGAGUUCAUCAACAUUUGAUGUUUUAAUUUGUUUGGGUGUUCCAUGGUUUAUAAAAGCUAUGUGGUUCCAUAAAGAAAACUCAAGUGCAUCCAUAAAUGUUCACUCGAGAAGUCUCGACGAUAGUGCGAUUGCUGUAAUGUUAAGUACAAUUGGUUUUAUGCUAUUGAUGUGUGCCAAAUCAUUUGUGUUAACUAAAAAAUCAGGUGGAUUUCUUGUUUUCAUAUGGUUAUUCAUUUGCUCAGCCAUGGUGUACAAUGAGUAUGCAACAAAAUGAGAAAAAUUCGUGUAGCUUAAUUGCUCAAUCAAUUUGCGUGAGUUGGUGAACGAUGACAUGUAAAUAGCCAAUAGUACUCGUCUAUGGCUAAUGCCGCUGUUGAAAUGAGCCACGGAAUAUUGAUUUAGGUUCUGAAGACUGAAAUAUCAGGAUCAUUGAGUAUACGUCAAAAGGACCGACCCGUCUUAUCUUCUAAAAAUACUUGAGACAAUUUUAAUGUCUGGUAUAAAUAGGUACCUAGCAUAAGAUCGUUUACGUUAUUAAAUAAUAAUAUAUAAUAAUGUGCUGUGAUUAGACAUAUUAAUAUAUUAUAGAUACCUACUUGUGUUAAGCAAAAACUAUUGAAAGAAACUUCAAUAAAUACUUAAUAUAGCCUAGAUGUACCUAGGUUCAUAUUAUAAUUAUUAUAUUUAAAAAGUUUAUAUUUUUAUUUUUAAUGUCGGAAAUAUAGUUUUGUGUACAGCAUUUUUUAUUUUAUAAAUUAUUUAAAAAUGAAAAUUCGUUUAAUUUAACCUAUAAUAAUGAAAUACAAAGGUUUCCAAUGUAUUACAUAUUUAAGUAAAAUUAUACUUAAUCUUUUAACAUAUUUGCUAACGAAACCCAUGUAUAGUUAAUUAUAGAUUUAAAAUUAAACAGUUAGACCAGAUUGUAUUAACUAUCAUUGAAUUAGCGACAUUUACCUUACAUUUUGUUGUAUGUUUUAAUUUUAUUUCAUACAAUAUGAAAAUAAAAUACUAUCAAUUGACCUUCACUGUAAUGAAAAAAACCUACUUAUAUGAAUAUUAAUCUAGAAUGCGUUCUACUUUUCCUCUUCCCACCCAAUUAUGUUUUUAAUAUUUAAUAAUCCGUUGGAUACUCAUAGAAUAAUUUGUCAAUGUUAAUAAUAACUAAUAAGUAAUAACUAAUGUUAUUAUCAAAAUUAAUAGAUAAUAAUCUAUAGUAAUUAUUAAUCUAUAUAUUUUAUUAUUUUUAAGUUUUCAAUUUUGUUAGUUAGUAGAAACCAAUAAACCAUAAUAUAUA